UUCAUUCCUGAGAAAUUCGUAAUUAUUUUUUCGACAAACUUAUAGACUAAUUUUAAUUCGUGACCGGACAAUCCGUCAGUGGACAAUCCGGCAGUGGAAAAUCCGUCAGUGGACAAUCCGUCAGUGGUAGGACAAUCCGUCAGUGGACAAUCCGUCAGUGAACAAAUCCGUAAUUCUUACCUUUACCCGACCUAUCGCGGCCAAAAAUUUUUAUUUUUUCGUGUGGAGAUUAUAAGAGAUAUCGAAAAUUUGGAGAUUAAUUAGGAAAUCGGCAAAUUUGGCUGGAUUAAAAGAUUAGUGGAUUUGGGAGAUAUCGGGGAUUUCAAAGGAUAUCGUGGAACUAUUGGAAAUACAAUAGAUUUGAGUAUCAUGGUGGUUAUCGAGGAAUUUGGGGAUUAAGGGGGAUUUCGUGGAUUAAGUGGGAUAACAAGGGAUAUAGUCGGAUUAAGAAGAUUUGGAGGUUGUUCCAUCCUAUAUAAUCCUACACGUUAAUUAUGUAAUCUAAUCCAUCCAUAUCCCCGAAUCCUUCUAAAUCCGUCAAAAAAUCCAACGCGGUUAUGCCCAAUUAUCUGAAAUAAUUCCUGGUUUAUUCAUUUGUGGUGUCAAUGGGCUUACAGCAGCGAAUAUUUGUGCUUUUCGAAUUCAAUUAGUGGUUAAUUGUACACGAGAAGUUCCGAACCUCAAAUGUUUGGGACAAGUACCAAGAAUGAAAUUAUGGGUUGAGGAUACUCCUGAAGAAGAUUUAUUUGCUCAUUUUGAUUUAGUUGCUGAUCAGAUGCAUGCCAUUAUUCGUGAUGGUGGCGCCGUUCUUGUCCAUUGUGUUGCGGGUGUUAGCCGUUCAGCAAGUAUUUGUCUUGCAUAUUUGCUCAAAUAUCGAACUAAAUCAUUACGUGCUUCUUAUCAUUUAAUGUGUGAAAAACGGCCUUUAGUUAGACCAAAUAUUGGAUUUUGGAGGCAAUUAAUUCGUUAUGAACAGUUGAUCAAAGGUAAUAUUGGCUCAGUGCGAAUUGUGCGAGAUGAGGCACAGCCUGAUAAAUUACUUCCUGAUGUUUACCUCAAAUCUGUCAUUCCUGAUAAAUAUAGCCGUCCAUUGUCUCCCACAAAUGUUGGUGAGGAUUCUUCAGUUCAUCAUUUAAAGCCUAUGGCCGAUGAAAGUUAUUUGUCUGGACAUACUUCUGGUUCUUAUCGUCGUCGUUCUUCUUCUGGAGGUUCAGAUCGUGUUCGUUUUGUUCCAGUUUUGGAGCCUUUGGCCGAACUUGUCGAAGCUGCAGGAUGA